UCUCCCUCAUCAGCACCUCCUUCGUGCUGAAAGGGGACGCGUCUCACAACCAGGCGAUGGUGCACUGGACGGGCGAGAACAGCAGCGUGAUCCUGAUCCUUACCAAGUAUUAUCAUACUGACAUGGGGAAAGUUCUGGAGAGCUCUUUGUGGAGGUCUUCAGAUUUUGGGACAUUAUACACAAAGUUGAAUCUACAGCCCGGGAUUGCCACUGUUAUUGACAAUUUCUACAUUUGUUCCACCAACAAAAAGAAGAUAAUUCUUGUAAGUUCUUCCCAUAAUGACCGUGACCAAAGCCUUUUCAUAAGCACGGAUGAAGGAGCCACUUUCCAGAAACAACCCAUUGCUUUCUUUGUGGAAACUCUCCUUUUUCACCCCAAAGAAGAAGAUAAAGUACUUGCUUAUACCAAGGAAGGCAAGAUUUAUGUAUCUAUUGACUUGGGGAAAAAAUGGAAUCUUCUGCAGGAACGAGUUUCUAAAGAUCAUUUUUUUUGGGCUGUUGCUGGAGUUGACGGGGACCUUGAUUUAGUUCAUAUGGAAAUCCAGGACCCCAGUGGAGGUUAUCGCUACAUCACUUGCCAGAUUCAAAAUUGUUCUGAUAAGACAAUGACAGUCCCAUUUGCUGGCAGCACUGAUCGGGAUUCCCUGACUGUGCAGGAUGACUACAUAUUUCUUCAGACAACAUCAGCCAACAGGACCAAGUAUUACGUGUCGUACCGUCGAAAUGGCUUUGUUCAGAUGAAGUUGCCAAAAUAUGCAUUACCAAAAGAUUUACAGAUAAUCAGCACAGAUGAAAACCAGGUGUUUGUGGCUGUACAGGAGUGGUACCAGACAGACACAUACAACCUGUACCAGUCUGACCCACAAGGUGUUUACUACUCCAUCUUGCUGGAGAAUGUCCGGAGCACGAAGCAGCCAGAAGAGAAUGUCCUGAUAGAUAUUCUGGAGGUCAGAGGUGUAAAAGGAGUCUUUUUGGCCAACCAGAAAAUUGAUGGGAAAGUUACAACCCUGAUAACCUACAACAAAGGCCGUGACUGGGAUUUUCUAAACCCUCCAGACAUUGAUAUGAACGGCAAACCCACCAACUGCAAACCUCCUGAUUGUCACCUCCACCUGCAUCUGCGGUGGGCAGACAACCCCUAUGUGUCAGGCACAGUACACACCAAGGACACUGCACCAGGGCUCAUCAUGGGGGCAGGUAACCUGGGGUCCCAGCUGGUGGAGUACAAAGAAGAGAUGUACAUAACAUCUGACUGUGGCAACACGUGGCGUCAGGUCUUUGAAGAAGAGCACCACAUCUUGUACUUGGACCAUGGUGGAGUUAUUGUGGCUAUCAAAGACACCUCUAUUCCUCUGAAAAUACUCAAGUUCAGCAUAGAUGAAGGCCAGACCUGGAGCACACAUAAUUUUACCAGCACUUCUGUCUUUGUAGAUGGACUACUUAGUGAACCUGGAGAUGAGACACUGGUCAUGACAGUCUUUGGACAUAUCAGCUACCGCUCAGACUGGGAACUGGUGAAGGUGGAUUUCAGACCAUCCUUCCCCAGGGAGUGCACUGAUGAAGACUAUGAGUCUUGGGAGCUCACAAAUCUGCAGGGUGAUCGUUGCAUCAUGGGCCAGCAGAGAAGCUUUCGGAAGAGGAAGAUUUCAUCUUGGUGCAUUAAAGGGAAAAGUUUCACAUCAGCUCUCACAUCCAAAGUUUGUGAAUGUGUGAACACUGAUUUCUUAUGUGAUUACGGGUUUGAGCGCUCUGCACCUCUGAAGCUGGAGUCGAGCAAAUGCUUUGCUGACUUUUGGUUUAACCCAGAGGCACCUCCUGAAGACUGUGUGUUGGGGCAGGCAUACACCAGCAGCACUGGGUACAGGAAAGUUGUUUCUAAUGUGUGUGAAGGUGGAGUAGACCUGCAGCAGAACUUAGCACACCAUAUGUGUCCAUUGAUUGCUCCCAAGGGACUUCAGAUCAGCAUCAGAGAAGAAAGUCUGGCUGUAAGGCCUGGGGAAGACAUCACCUUCAUUGUCCAACAAGAGCAGGGUGAUGUAUUGAGUACCAAAUACCAGGUAGAUCUUGGGGAUGGCUUUAAGGCGAUAUACGUGAACCUGACGAUGACUGGAGAGCCCAUCCGUCACCGCUACGAGAAUCCCGGGAUUUACCGCGUCUCCGUGAAGGCUGAGAAUGUGGCUGGGCAUGACGAGGCUGUGGUGUUCGUCCAAGUCAACUCUCCACUCCAGGCUUUAAAUUUAGAAGUGGUUCCAGUCAUUGGGAGAAACCAGGAGGUGAACCUGACAGCCAUCAUCCUGCCUAAAAACCCUAAUUUGACAGUUUUCUACUGGUGGAUAGGAAACAAUCUUCAGCCACUGCUUACAUUGGAGAGUUUUCUGGUGACAAAGUUUGCUGAGACAGGUGAUGUCAGAGUUACAGUACAAGUUUCCUGUGGGAGCUCUAUGCUUCAGGACUCAAAAGUUAUCCAUGUUUUUGAUAAUUUUCAUGUCCUUCCUCUGAAGUUUACUAAGGACCUGGACAUGUACAACCCCGACAUACCUGAGUGGAGAGAAGACAUUGGGCGGGUGGUGACGCGACUUCUUGCAAAGGAGACCAGUAUACCUGAAGAAACACUCAUGACAGUUGUGAAACCUGGUCUGCCCACAGCUGCUGACUUGCAUGUGCUACUACCUGCAAAUCAACCAAAAAAGAAGAGAAGCAUAACAAGUGAUAAGAGAAUAGCAGCUAUAAAGCAGGCCCUGAAUGCACACAACAUCAGUUUCUUUCUGAGGGGAGGAUACUGGGUCUUAGUGACUUUAGCUGACUCCAGUUCAGACUCUCAGACAAUUGGAGGAGGCGGUGGCUACUGGGCUAUUGUGGUUCUCUUUGUUGUUUGUCUAGUUGCAGUUGGGGCUUUCAUCCUCUACAAGUUCAAAAGGAAACUGCCAGGCAGAAAUGUCUACGCCCAGAUGCACAAUGAAAAAGAGCAGGAGAUGACAAGCCCUGUUAAUCACAGUGAGGACACCCAGAACAUCAUCCAGGGUGAGGAGUUUAUUGAUGAUGAUCUGGACUCUCAAACACUAGUGACUCCUUCUGGGAGAGGUGGCAACUUGAACAGCUACAGAGUUCCCUUAUUGCUGAUGCCGGUCAGUGUCCAGUCCCAGGCAAUCACUCAGGCGUGGUUUUGA